UAUAAAAUCCAACAAUCUCUCAUAUGGAAGAAAAAGAAAGUAAACCCUAGGCCAACACUUUGGUUAUUUUCCUCCUUCACAUUCCCACAACCAUAUUUUGUUUCUUUUCUUCUCCUUUUCCAUAGCUGCCCCACUCAAUUUUCUUUCUCCUCCUCUCUGCUGCAACCUCAAGAUUAUCUAAUUGGGCGUUGCUCCUACUACUAGAGUAUCACAAUUGGAAUCAUGGCGAAGUCAUUAUCAAACUUACUCUUCAAGGGCUUGGCAGGUCUGCCUGCUACUCGCACUAGCAGAAUAGUGGUGCCUGGGUUAAAUUACCAGCAUGGAAUGAGAUACUCAACGACAGUACCUAAUGAACCUGAUACCCACGACGAUUUCAAGCCUACUAAUAAACUUGAGAGUUCUGGCCUUUCUUUGAGAGAUGUUGUUGAACAGGAUGUACGACAAAAUCCUGUGAUGAUUUACAUGAAAGGGGUGCCAGAUGUUCCUCAAUGUGGAUUUAGCGCUCUUGCUGUUAGAGUGUUGAAGUUAUAUAAUGUACCUUUGAGUGCUAGAAACAUCUUGGAAGACGCCGAGCUUAAAAGUGCUGUGAAAUCCUUCAGCAAUUGGCCAACAUUUCCACAGAUAUUCAUAAAAGGAGAGUUUAUUGGAGGAUCUGAUAUCAUACUCAAUCUGCAUCAGUCUGGAGAAUUGAAGGAAAAGCUCGAUGAUAUUGCAGCCAAGAAGACUGAAUAGAUUCUAAGCAGAUACUUUAAACCCAUUUUUUUCUUUUUUGUUUCAACUUGUGAGAUGAUGAGGCUGAAGAUUCUUUAUGUUAUUAGCCAAAUCUCUUUUCCUACUCCCAUGUAUUUCUUUUUCCAUAGAGGGUUUGUGGUCAAUCAUUUCAACUUUCUUUGUUUAAAUAUCACAUAUAUUCUCUAAUAAAUGUGACCUACACCUACCACUGUUAUUUUA